AAAAAAGAUGGAAGGAUGGGAAUAUAUAUCGGCAAGUCAAUGACGUUUUGGAGGAUGUGGGACUUGAUGAAAAUUUUUUGGAUGGAAAAAAGUAUUUGUAUGAAGAGGUCGAAAUAGAAAAAGAUAUGUCUCCUAUCUUUUAUUCUUCUAUUAACCAAGCUCAAGAUAUGGCAUUUGAAGAUGUUUCUAGAAAAAGUUAUCUUUCGUCUCUUGAAUAUGAACUAGAAAGAUUAAAGACUCUAGAUAAAGGAAAAGCACUUGAAGAUGUAAAAUAUGCCAAUGUGCCAGAAUCUAGCAUAAACAAUAGUAAAGUCCAACAUACCAAUCCUCUUUUAGAGUUAUUGAUGCCAUGCACUCCUUAUCAACUUUAUACAAGUGUCACGCCAGAACAACAAUCA